AUUUUGAAGGGUCAAUUCUAGUUCAAUGUUCUGUAUAUAAACCGUAACUUUCAAACUAAUGAAUUAAAGAGAAAGUAAAGCAUCUUCUUGAAAUAAUCUUAGAAAGCAGACAUGGCAAAGGCCAUUCAGCUUGAUGUUCUUAAAGUACUGAUGAUCAUCAUAUUUGCUGGUUGGAUUGCUGUCUGGAUUCAAAAGCCUACUAGCCUGUGGACACGAAAAUGGAAAGGAGCCGAAGAUAGUUCUAGGUAUACAGUGUUUGGCUAUUAUGGUCUCAACUUUGCAGUAUACACAUUUCCUCUUAUUUCCCUGACCAUAAUUGGACUAGUUUACUUGAAUUUGGUUUCGAGGGAGCCUCCUCGAAGCAGACCAGCAAGGAGUGCAACUAUUGGUUUUUCAAAUCCUGUGUUGGUAAACAGCUUUCUGGGAAUUUUAUCUAGCAUAGAGAUUCUGGCAGUGUUCCUCUUUGUCCUCUUUCUAGCUUGGACUUAUUAUGCCCGCAUCAGCAAUGACUUUAAAAAGUUGAUGCCAAUCAAGUCACUGAAAUUGGAUUUAUGGCAACUCAAGUAUUUAAGAGUGGCAACCCGAUUCGGAUUGCUAGCAGAAGCCUGCCUAGCUUUGCUUCUUCUUCCUAUUUUAAGGGGAUUGGCUUUAUUUCAGAUACUUGGCAUCCAGUUUGAAGCUUCAGUAAGAUACCAUAUAUGGCUAGGGACUUCAAUGAUACUUUUUGCCACCAUUCAUGGCGCAAGCACUUUGUUCAUCUGGGGUGUCAGCCACCAUAUUCAAGAUGAGAUGUGGAGAUGGCAGAAAACAGGACGGAUAUACCUGGCAGGGGAGAUAGCUCUUGUCACAGGACUAGUAAUCUGGAUCUCAUCUCUUCCUCAAAUAAGGAGGAGAAGAUUUGAAAUAUUCUACUACACACACCAUCUGUACAUAGUCUUUCUAAUAUUCUUCUUGUUCCAUGCUGGAGAUCGGCACUUCUACUCAGUAUUUGCUGGGAUAUUUCUCUUCGGUCUUGACAAGCUACUUCGAAUUGUACAAUCAAGACCAAAAACUUGCGUUCUCUCGGCACGAAUAUUCCUAUUCCCCAGCAAAGCCAUAGAACUUACGCUGCCAAAGGAUCCAAGAUUGAAGUAUACCCCAACAAGUGUUAUAUACAUGAAGAUACCAAGUAUUUCCAAGUUUCAGUGGCAUCCCUUCAGUAUAACUUCUAGCUCUAACCUAGAUGAUCACACGAUGUCUGUUGUGGUAAAAUGCAAUGGGGGCUGGACAAGUACUUUCUAUGACGUGAUACAAGCAGAGUUAGAUUCAGAUACUGGUUCUAUGAGCUGUAUGCCUGUGUCGAUUGAAGGCCCUUAUGGACCUGCUUCCCUGGACUUCCUAAGGCAUGACAGCCUACUAAUGAUUGCUGGUGGAGCUGGGAUAACCCCAUUUCUCAGCAUUUUAAAAGAAAUUGCUUCUGUAAACAGCAGCAGAUAUAGAUUCCCCACGCGUGUUCAGCUUAUCUAUAUCGUGAAGAAAUCACUAGAUAUUUGCCUUUUAAACUCAGUUUCUUCUCUACUUCUGAACCAGUCAUCCACACAAUUGUCUCUGAAGCUGAAAGUAUAUGUAACUCAAGAAGAGGGGUCUAAUGCAACAGUGAGAGGAUUAGUGAAUGACUUAUCUCUAGUAAGAACAGUCAACUUUAGCACCGAAUGCUCAAACUAUGCCGUACAUGGACCAGAAAGUCCAAUUUGGAUGGCUGCCAUGGCCGCAUUAUCCUCCAUCAAAUUCAUGGUUUCUCUUAUUUGCUUCAAUCACAUUUUUCUUCCCCAUGAAAAGAAGAGUGCUGUGACGGAAAAGAUGGUUGUUCCCUCAGAAAAGAAGGCCGCAAAAGAAAAGACCCCCUCUUCAGUUGUUGAUCUACUUCUCCUAGCUUCUUUCAUCAUAACACUGGCAUGCAGCACCUUUUUAGCAAGUAUUUUGAGAUGGAAAAGACUCAAGAAAGAUAUCCCACCUGUCUCUCCAAAACAAGAUAAAGCCACAGAACAUGGUUCAGUGGAGACUAGAAGUCCUGUUGAAGAACAUGAACUUCAUUUUGGAGGAAGGCCUGACUUUCAAGAUAUAUUCUCCAAGUUUCCAAAUGAAACCGGCGGGUCUGAUAUCGGAGUGCUGGUGUGUGGACCGGUAAGUAUGAAGGAGUCGGUGGCAUCGUUAUGCCAGCUGAAGUCUCAAGGACUCAACAUUGGUUCCAUGGGAAAGAAAACAUACUUCAGUUUCCACUCCCUCAACUUCACUCUCUAGUCUCAUCAUCAAUAUCGCCAUUAAGACACAGAAAAACAGGCCCAAAUGUAACUAGUAGCAUCUGGCUUUCUAAAUAAUGGAUGGCUACAUUCCACUUUGUACAUAUUUCAUUGUAAAAAGGCUUGAGCAGCUCAGCUCAGCUGAGCUGAGAGCUUGUGGAUUUAAAAUAAGUUCAAUGGAUGGAACUUUAUCAAAA